UUGAAGAAUCUCAAGUAUCGAUUCAACGAUUUAUGGAUUUGCAUAAAGUAACAAUAAAAGAGUCUGGUCAUGUUACAAGUUUCCGUCCAAUAUCUAAUGAAACAAAAAACAAGAUCUUUAAGUUAUUUGAAACUGGUCAUAAUUCUAGUAGCACAUAUCAUACAUAUUGGGAGCAAUUGCAGUUAAAUUAUGAAAAUAAUAAAGAGAUCUUAGCUGACAGAGCAAUAGCAUCACAUAAAAAUGAUGUUUUUUAUCUUUAUAAAAAAUAUCAUGAUCAACACUUAGGUGCUAAAAAUAGUGAUGAAAUGUUUAAUCAAUUAGCGAAAGAAAUUGCAGAAUUUAAUAAUAAUGAUAAAAAAAAGGCUUGGAUGCAAACAUACAUUGCUCCAGAGAAAGAUAAUCCUAGACAGCCCUUUAUUCUUGUUAUUUUAACAAAUCUUAUGAUACAUUGCUAUGCAUUACAAAAGGUAGGUGAGUUAGUCUAUAUGGACAUGACGACCAGGUUAGAUAUUCUUAAUACACCUCUAACAAUUCUUUCAAUAAGUACACCUGCCAGUGGCCUAUUUCUUGGUGUAAUUUUUACUUCAGAUGAAUCAGCAAAUACUUUUACUAAAGCAUUAGAUGUGUUAAGACAUUUGAUUCUAUCAACAGUAUUUGGUAAAUGCAGAGGUACUAUUGGGCCACAGGUGAUAAUAACAGAUGACUAUAAGGCGAAAGGGCAGCAUUGCAUAAUACCUGGAAAGAUGCAACUUUGCUUUUGUGUAUUUUUCAUUUCUUGCAAGUGA